CAUCCCUCAACUUGUCCCGCGUGGCGAUGGGCGCGCUUGCCUGCCUUCAGACCCGCUAAAAGAGGGGGGAAAAAAAAAAAAUAAUAAGUGCCGGUUGUGGAGAAGAAUGUGUUCGGAGCCGGACGGAUCCGCGUUUAAGUGUUGCGUGCGGGGCGUCGCUGGUGUUGUUUGCAGUUGCUGACUGCAGAAAUAACAGCAAGGUGUCCGCAGACCAGCGCUCACUGGUGGGUGCCCGUUGACUGGAGAGGAUGAAGGCGGCUGGCUUCCCUUUCCUCGCCGCAACGAGCGCCUCGGUGGCUCACUUGAAGCUGUAGACAUUUCAAAAGUCACAAAGGUGAAGACAGGGAUUGAUUUAUGAAUUUAUAGCUUUUUUUUUUUUUUUUUUUUUUUUUUGUUUCCCGCUGGAGGAGAAGGAAUUCAUGCGUCGCUAGCUGACGGGGUCAAUAUGCCAGAAUGGGUCCUGUACACUAUUUGUUUCUCUGUGGACUUCUAUGCACCAGAAUGAGCAAUGGGUCUCGUCUUCGCCAGGAAGACUCCCCUCCCCGCAUUGUUGAGCACCCCUCUGACCUGAUUGUGUCCAAGGGGGAGCCAGCCACUCUCAACUGUAAGGCAGAGGGCCGUCCGGCCCCUACGGUGGAAUGGUACAAGGACGGCGAACGUGUCGAGACGGACCGCGACAACCCUCGCUCGCACCGCAUGCUGCUGCCCAGGGGGUCCCUCUUCUUCCUACGCAUCGUCCACGGACGGAGAAGCAAGCCCGACGAUGGCAGCUACGUUUGCGUGGCCCGUAACUAUCUGGGAGAGGCUGUGAGCCGAAACGCAUCUCUCGAAGUAGCACUGUUACGAGAUGACUUCAGACAGAACCCGCAGGAUGCGGUGGUGGCGGUCGGCGAGACGGCCGCUCUGGAGUGUCAGCCUCCACGUGGGCAUCCUGAGCCCAGCACCUACUGGAGGAAAGACAAGGCUCGUCUUGAUCUCAAAGAUGAAAGGAUCUCAGUUCGUGGAGGAAAACUGAGCAUUUCCAACACACAAAAGAGUGAUGUAGGGAUUUAUGUUUGCAUGGCCACCAACAUGGUCGGGGAGAGAGAGAGUGAAAAGGCUCAACUUUCCGUCUUUGAGAGACCAGUGUUUGUGCAGCGGCCUGUGAACCAGGUGGUCUUAGUGGAUGAGAGCGUGGAGUUCAGGUGUCAGGUCCACGGUGACCCGCCUCCCACCUUGCGCUGGAAAAAGGAGGACCUGGAUAUUCCCCGUGGCAGGUAUGACAUCAGAUAUGAAAAAGAGGAUCUUUUGCUGAGGAUAAAGAAAGCCACCGUGAGCGAUCAGGGGACCUUCACCUGCCAAGCCGAGAACCGUGUGGGCAAAGUGGAGGCCUCCGCUUACCUGACGAUCAGAGAGGCGCCCCAGUUUGUGGUGCGACCCCGUGACCAGAUUGUGGCUCAAGGACGAACGGCGACCUUCCCCUGUGAGACCAGAGGAAAACCUCAACCCACUGUGUUCUGGCAACGAGAUGGCAGCCAGGACCUUCUGUUUCCCAGCCAGCCGACGCAGGGCGACGGUCGUGUGUCUGUGUCCGUGAUUGGAGAGUUGAUCAUUUCAUCAGUGCAGCGUUCAGACGCGGGCUAUUAUAUCUGCCAGGCUCUCACUGUAGCGGGCAGCAUCUUGGCCAAAGCCCAGCUGGAGGUGGCAGACGCCCUGAAGGACCGCCCACCGCCAAUCAUCCGUCAGGGCCCCUACAACCAAACACAGGCAUUAGGGGGCGUGACCAUACUCAGGUGCCAGGCUUCGGGGGACCCUCAGCCUACAAUUACCUGGCGAAAGAACGGAAUCAGUCUGCUGGGAAAAGACCCACGGUUUUCCCUGCUGGAACACGGCAGCCUUCAAAUACAGAGUGUCAAGCUAUCUGAUUCUGGAUUGUACACGUGUGUGGCUACCAGCUCCAGUGGAGAAACAUCAUGGAGCGCUUACUUGGAUAUCACAGAUUCCACUGACCCCACUGACUUCAUGUCUAGCAACCUGACAGCCCUGCCGGGGCCGCCCUCCAAGCCAGAGGUCACUGAUGUCACCAAAAGCAGCAUCUCGUUGUCAUGGGAACCGGGGCCAGAGGCUGGCUCCCCGGUGUCCUCCUAUGUCAUUGAGGCCUUUGGUCAGUCAGUAAGUAACAGCUGGCAGACGGUGGCAGACCAUGUGAAGACCACAGAGUUCACCGUCAGUGACCUACGGCCGAAUACUGUCUACCUGUUCAUUAUCAGGGCAGUCAAUGAUCAGGGGCUAGCAGACCCCAGCCCCAUGUCUGAGCCUGUGCGGACACAAGAUAUCAGUCCCACUGCUCAGGGAGUGGACCAUCGUCAUGUACAAAAGGAGUUAGGGGAUGUAGUGGUCAGCAUGCACAACCCCGUAGUGCUCAGCUCCACUUCGGUACAAGUCACGUGGACCGUGGACAAUCCAUCCCGAUUUAUUCAAGGCUACCGUGUUCUGUACCGGCAGACAUCAGGGCUGCCCUCUCCAGGACCGUGGCAGAUACAGGACUUAAAAGUCUCCUCACAGAGGGAGUUGACUCUUUUGGCUCUGAAGAAAGGAAUUGUCUAUGAGAUUAAAGUGCGACCAUACUUUAAUGAGUUUCAGGGCGCAGACAGUGAAUCCAUGACAGCGCGGACUUUGGAAGAAGCACCCAGUGCACCCCCGCAGCUAGUGACCGUGUUGACUGUCGGAAGCAACAAUAGCACCUCCAUCAGCGUGUCGUGGGACCCUCCACCCUCUGACCAACAGAACGGGAUCAUCCAGGAAUACAAGAUCUGGUGUUUGGCUAACGAAACCCAGUUCCAUGUCAAUAAGUCUGUGGAUGCAACCAUCCGUUCAGUGGUUGUCGGGGGUCUGCAGGGUGGAGUGCAAUACCGUGUGGAGGUAGCUGCAAGCACCAGCGCUGGGGUGGGGGUCAAGAGCACACCCCAGCUCAUCACUUUGGGUGCAGAACAGAGGGAUGUAAUGACAGGAUCGGAGGGCAACAAUAGUAUCUCAGAUGUGGUGAAACAGCCGGCCUUCAUCGCAGGUUUGGGCGGAGCCUGUUGGAUUGUGCUCAUGGGCUUCAGUGCCUGGCUGUACUGGAGGAGAAAAAAGCGGAAAGGACUCAGCAACUAUGCAGUGCAAUCCUUCACGUUUACCCGCGCAGUCACAUUCCAAAGAGACAGAGGUCUGAUCAGAAAUGGAAGCCGUCCAGGCCUGUUGAAAGCGGGUGACCCUGGCUUACCCUGGCUGGCAGACUCGUGGCCCUCCACAAGCCUUCCAGCAGACGGGGGAUUGGGGAGUCCGAAAGGCAGCGGUAACUUUGGCCGAGGAGAUGUAUUACCGUCUGCGGCGGUGGAGAAGACGGGCACCAUGCUGUCGGAUGGGGCCAUCUACAGCAGUAUUGACUUCAUGGGGAAGGCCGCUUACAGCAGCCCAGUGCAAGAUAGCGAGCCCACCCCCUACGCCACCACCCAGAUACUCCAGUCUAACAGCUUCCACGAGUUGGCGGUAGACAGACCAGAUCCCCGCUGGAAGGCUUCUCUGCAGGCCCAGCAGGAAAUAGCCAACCUGGGCUACUCGCUAACUGAUAGACGCCCUGUCACUGGUGCUAAGGUAGGGAAGAAAAAGAAGGUGAAGGGUGGAACAAAGACCCCUAAAUCAAAUGGGACAUGUUGGGCUAACAUGCCCCUGCCUCCACCACCCAUGCACCCUCUGCCUGGUACUGAGGUUGACCUUGACCAUUACCCCCAGGAAAGCCACAGAGGAGGAUAUGACAACAGCAGUUGGGCCCCACCUCUCUCGCUCCCGUCCUACCGCCACCAGAGUUUGGACAAUGAUGUUGAGGAGGAGAAGGGACCCACUCCCCCUCUAAGAGGAAGAGCCUCCUCGCCGGCGACAGCAGCAGCAGCGGCGGCCGUUUACAACCAGCCGUCAUCAUCAUCCCUCAGCUCGGCACACCAUGAGGAAAUGCAAUCCAUUUUGCAGGCCCAUUUGGAUGAGCUGACCAGAGCUUACCAGUAUGAAGUCGCCAAGCAAGCAUGGCACAUGAAGAGCAAUUCAAACAUGUCCAACGCCGCCAACCCUCCAAUGGACUUUAUGUCUUCAACGCUUGGCUCGGAUUUGGGAGACACCCGCCUCUCUGAAGAUGAGGAGGAAGAAAGAUACGCUAUGGUGUCAAAGAAUUUGUGCGGCUUCAAUUAUACUCCUGGACACACUGUGGAUAACAUUGAGGUCUCAGGUAAAGGCACCCAGUUGUGUCGUUCAGACAGCUGUGGCACAACAGAUGGUGGUCCGCAGAACACACACAGCCUUGGUCACAAGGGGGUGCAACUAAGUGGCCUCAAAUCCCAGACAAACAAGGUGGGGACACUGCCCAGACGAAACAACGUCAACACAGAAGCAAAGGGCCUUCACAGCACCGGUUCCCGCAUGAACAGCUCAUGGGCGAGUGCAGCCUCAGACCCCUCAGAGGAGUGCAUGGUGACCGUUUCCACGCUAGAGCGGCAACAUAUGGGUUCCUGGGGCGACACCUCAACAUCCAACAGGGCCACGCUGAGCCGGACUUCCCACAAGAGACCUGCCGCCGAUGCCUCUCACAACGGGCAUCUUCUCACAAACAGCAAAGAGAAAAAGGAUCACUAGUCUUUUGGAUACAUGUCCCUGGACACCUUGUUUCUAAGUGCUCUGAGAUUGUCUCUGUCGAGUGACUCGGAAUGAUGAUCGGAAGCUGGAGAGGAGACCGAAUGAAGUCAAAGGAACAUGCAAAUGAAAUUACAGAGCUGUAAAUGUCAUGUACAGGACACAGACACCAGUCUCACAGUGUUCCCUUCAUAGCCCCUUCUUCAAAUGAGUAAACUGUAUGGCCACUUCUAUUAUCUAUCACUUGGUGUACAACAAUUCACAACGAGGAGAUGAAGACGAAAAAUCACAACAAAGUGACUCAAAUAAAAAAAGGACUUGCAUAAUGUGUAAAUAUAUUUUGUAUGUAUAUGUAUGAUUUUCUUUUGCUUUGCAAUGCAAGCUACCUUAAUAUUGUCUCUUUUGUGAUUUAUUACAGUGAAUCAUUUUUUCAUUGGCGCUCAAACCAUUUGCUUAUCUUGAUGAAGCUACUGUAUUGUUGUACUUUGCACAGAGCGUUUUGGUGAAAAUAAGCACAAACCCGUUGUCAGCAAAGCCGACGAAUGAGAAUCAUUUGGGAAUGUCAUUUGGGAAUUUCAUUGGCUGUGCUGCAGUUGUUUCCAAAACAUCUUACAUAUUGAGCAUUACAAAGGAAGUAACGCAGGUGAUAAUGUGGUUGUAAUAAGCCAAGAAACUCUGUUAUGUACUGUUUGCUGUGAGUUGUAUUAUGCAUUAUACUAACAAUGACUCCUUGCAAAGAGUUCCACUUCAAUGGUAACAAAGUGGCACAUGACCAGUGAUAGCGAAAGCAAGGCAAAUGGGUGUCGCUUCACUUCCAUUCCUUGAAAGUAUGUUAAUAUAAUAUACAGUAAAUAUAUUUAUUACUUUUGGUAAUUCAUUUUCACAACAGUGCAAUACUCAAAAUACAAAACCACAAUAACUUGUAAUGAGCUGUUCUAAAUACAGUGGAACCUUUUAAAUCCAGACAUCCAAUGUCGAUAUCCAAAUGUUUCCCAUUGAAAUUAUGUUUGAAAUUUGUCCUAGAAUCCAUCAUCAUCAUCAUCAUAAAAGCUGCAUUAAUUAUACAAGCAAUGGUUUAGGGACAAUUUUAGUAUUCAUAACUGUCAUACAAGUGCAUACAGCAUUCAACACAAUCGUCCUUCUUUUUAGAAAGCCACAAAAAGCCGACCGAAAAUUUGACAAGGCCGGAAAUAAGUUUGAGUGAAGCAGGCUGAUGUCUCGUGUGAUAUUAUAUGCUGACGUCUUGUAUUAUGACAGUUCUCAGAAGACUUAUAGCAUGUUUUCUCACCUAAAAUGUUGGCUAACUUCAGGUUUUAUAAGCAUUAAGGCAUUUGAGAAUUGGGGUUCCACUGUAUGAUUGAGUAGGAAUUUGUUCAAAAGGGAAUGACAGAGAAUCUUCCAGUUUGAAGGUCAAUGAACAAGGUCUAAAGUUUGUCCGAUUUCCAACUAAAUUCCUCAUCUUGUGCUUUGAUUUCGCCAGCCAUAUGAAGAUUUAUAUGUGGUUAUAUGGAUGGCUAAUAUCACAGAAACAAUAGAAAAUGAUUGAAAAUAAAGUUAUUCGGUGCCAUACUAGAUUGAUACUAUCAUCUUACAAAGAUGAUUAAUGUUGCCAAAUUGGGAAGUUUAUAUUUUAAAAACAUGUUUUAUACUUUGUCACCAUGCAACAUUUUAUUGUUUUGGUUUUGGACUGUUAUUUCUGUAGAUGGCUUUCCCACCAAGGAAUCUUCACCUCCCAAACUGGUUUGUCCUCAGGAAUACACGUUCACAUACAGUAGGGCCAAUUUUCAAUCCUUUGAAGCGAAAUAAAAUGUGUAUGUGAAAAUGAGCAACGUUUCCUUCCUUAAUGCCACCUUCCAUCCAAAACUGUUUGAAAUUCUUUGGAUGAACUGCAUAUGUAUGCGUGGGCAAGUUCAAUUGUGGAUUUUUAUUUUGUGUCAAUCUGAAGCAAACCCCAUGGCUGAUCUUUUAUUCAAAGUAAUUCAGGAAUGUCUGGUUGAAAGCCAGUGGAUGUUAUUAUAUGCGGUUGUAAUUACUGCGCCGGUUUGGCCAGACUUUAUUGAUCUACUCUUAUUUCAUUCCUUAAAAGCAGCUUAUGAAAAAUUCAUCCACAAGGCUGACAAAUACAAGUGCUAUAGUAGAAUUUCAAAUGCAUUAUCACACGGUCACUUUGUUAAAGGCAUCACAAUGAAUGUGAUUUUGCACAGCCUCGCCCGUUCUAGGCACUGACUGCCGCACUGUAUAAAUAUAUAAAGAUAUCCUAAAACACGAUUUAGCCUAGGCUGUCUCAUGAACUUUGUUAGGCACGUAUGCUAUGACAUGGUUGAAAAAUCACAUUGUUUCCUUUUAUACAGGAGCCAGGAGAGAUUUGCUUUGGUUAGCUCGAGGCUAUCUGUGAAAGCCUGCCAAUAACUGUGUCUUGAGACUGCUCGGCUGAGAUUAGGAUUGUCUGCAGAAAUUGUGCAAAAACUGGGAAUUAGCGGCUACGCCGCGCUGAUGCUUUCAAUCCCAUUCAGUUGCAUUUUUGAGAAGUGGAGUGAGGACACGGUUUGAUUAUUUCCCUGUCACAACUUGGCUGACCAUUUGCCUUCCCUGGUGACACUUCAGGCAGUAAGUGGGAUAAGUGUACUGUAGUUUCGCCGAAUUUACCUGACUGUAGUUCAUGUGAAGUGAGUGGAAAAGAAGACAUAGUUAAACCCACAUUUAAAUUGUCAGUGUCUUGACAGAGCCGUUGUCCUGUUCCAGACCAUUAGUCUGAAGAGAAGACAUGUAGACAAUUUGUUUAUUCUUUCAUAACACAGUGGGUAUGCAAGACCGUUGUGUUAUUUAAGUGACGAUUUACAACGUACAUAUCCUAUUUAAACAUUCACAUUAUACAUAUCAGGAAAAUGAAAAUAGCUUCUUGAAACUCCAUGUUUAAUGAUUGCAAGAAGCAAUUACCCAGCCCAGAUGGUUAAGAGAGGAAUUAAAGUAGAUUGAACACAAUCAGUCACUAUGCUCCACCUGCAGUGAAAAUGAUAAAUAACUGACUUUAUAUAGCUACUUACUGUACCCUUUGUUAGAUGAGAUUCAUAAAUGAAAUUUAAACAUUCGGCCUUUUCAAAGUUAAUACGAUAAACUCAUUUUUAAAUCAAGCUACCAGAUGUAUUAAUGGAAAAUGUUUAUAAUUGGCUGGGGUAGUUGGGGACAGUGAUGUAGAUUGCACUGCAUCAUUUUGUGAAGAGUUUCUAAUAUUUUCUAAUAUCUUAUUUAGCUUCGUAAAAGGCAUGCAAAUAAUGAAACUACAAAUAUAUAUUAUACUCUCUCUUUGCCAGCCAAUCACUUUCAGCUCAUGCAGUAUAUCACUAUUAUUUUUGUUUUUAAAUGUGUCUGAGUAGUACUCAUUUCAUUUCAUUUCAUUCUUGCCCCGAGUUGUGCUUUAUCAGCAUUUGUUGAAGUCCCCCCAACCCCCACACACACACGCAAAUAAAAACGAAUAAUGACAAAUAGCCAAGAGGGAGCUCAUCCAGAAAAGACAAAUCUGUCUCAUUGCUGCCUGUACAGUAUUAUUUUGUGUAUUGAUCCCAAUAUGCAAUUGUUUACAGUAAUCUUUACAGUAUGAUUCGACAGUAUACAACUGACUGAAUUGUGACUCGUGACAUUUUGGUUAUGACUACUAGUAGUAGGCUAUUAGACGCAAACAACAUGAGACUGCAGAGCUGUUCCUGAGGGGAGGCUAAAGGCCGCGGUCUCCUGGCUUCUUGCUCCCCCAGCGACCAAUUUAUUUUCAUCUUCUUCGCUCUGAUAGGUCUGCUGCCUUUCUGUUGCAUCAUGAAACUGUGCACUCAUUGUGUGCUUAGAGUUCUGUAGCAAAUUAUGUAAAAACCCAAUUCAUGUUGCUGAUUGUGGUGAUUGAGAGCCUUGGAAAAAAUGUGAGUCCAAUCAUUAUAAAUAAAAGUUAAAAAAAACAAAAACUUUCUGGAUCUUCAUAUUUUCGGAUUUUUUUCUCGUGUGAUAUUAUAUGCUGACAUCUUGUCAUCAUAUAAUAUAU